AUGACGAAUCUUUCGACAUCUUUGUCCUUUGAACUUCAUUUCAACCUCGUCAAGAACUGCAACUCGACCCAUUCCGAUUCUAGGAUUAUUGCUACAACCACUAUGCAACGUCUACGACAGGCAACGGCAUCAACGAUCUCUUUUGGACAGACGGUUGGUCGAGAUCAUCCAAAAGCCCUGGCCGCUGGCAGCGCGGGACUAGCACUCGCAAUGGUACCUAUCACCGGCCCUCUAGUACUAGGAGCCGUCGGUUUCAGCGCUACGGGGCCAGUGGCGGCUUCCCUAGCUGCCGCAUGGCAGUCUUCAAUUGGGUGUAUCCAAGCCGGGAGUUUGUUUGCCACCUUACAAGGAGCUGCAAUGGGAGGUGCUGCCGCGGGAACAUUUACGACAGCCUCGAAUAUUGGGUUUGGGAUAAUGGGGUCUGCGGCAGUUGGAGCCAAAUUGGCCGGGAAGAAAGGUGGAAAUCCGGCAGAAGAUAACGAUGACAGCUCUAGUGAAGGAAACCUUCAUGACGGCAGUUGUCCUGAUGAACUUACAGCAACUGACCCCUAA